AUGAGAGCCUACCAGCUUGAGAGACUGGUCAGAGAGAUUGGGGAGCUGGAAAUAGUAGAGAUCCCGGAUCUCCCUCCGCAUCCUGACAAGUAUCUAAUCAGAGUUCAUGCUGCAGCGAUCAAUUUCUUCGAUAUUUUACAGGUCCAGGGGAAACACCAGGACAAACCAGCAUUCCCAUGGAUCGCUGGGAAUGAGUUCUCAGGCGAAAUUUUGGCAAUCCCGACUCGCCUACGCGCGGAAGAUGCGAGAUUCCGGAAAGGAGACCGCAUUUUCGGUGCCGGCUUAGGCGCGUUCGCAACCAUGAUCCAGGCGCCUGAGGUCAGCUUGAGACCGGUUCCAAGAAAUUGGAGUUAUAUUGAAGCAAGCAGCUUGUUCUAUACUGCACCGACAGCUUAUGCAGCGCUUGUAUUGAGAGCGCGUGCGAAGCAAGGUGACUAUGUGCUCAUUCAUGGUGCGGCUGGAGGUGUUGGUCUCGCAGCAGUCACAAUCGCCAAUGCGUUAGGUAUGACCGUCAUUGCAUCGGUUGACACCGAAAAAAAGCGCGACGUCGCAAAGCGAUUCGGCGCUCAUCAUGUCAUCGAUUCAAAAGGUGAUUGGGCGCUAGUCGCAAAGAGCUUAACACCCAAUGGUCGUGGUGUCGAUGUCGUUAUCGAUCCUCUCGGUAUGAUUUCUCAGUCAUUAAAGUGUAUCCGAUGGGAUGGACGGUUAUGUAUCGUUGGGUUUGCUGCCGGUGGAAUCGAGAAAAUUCCGACCAAUCGAUUAUUGCUAAAGAAUGUUACCCUUUCUGGCUUAUUCUGGGGAGAGUAUGCAAAGAUGGACCCUCAGAGUGUGGUUGAAACCUGGGACAAACUUUUCCAAAUUCUCGACGGGGGUGGUAUCGUCCCCUUAAACUAUACGGAGAAAAGAUUCAAGGGUUUAGAGCAAAUCGCGGACGCAAUGACGCUGCUGAGUACAGGGACUGCUUGGGGAAAGAUUGUCGUCGAUAUCAGUGAGAAUGGGAAGACGAAGCUGUAA